GUCGAACGCAGCACCUAUCUCUAUCUGCUAUGAGCGACUUCAAAUGUUGGACGCAGCGUCUUUGUCUGUAGUUAUCCUCGAGCAUUACAACGCCAACGUACGGCUGGUAAUAAUACACGUUUUAUCCUGCCGAAAUGAGUAAAACAAAUAGUAAAAAAGAACAAUAUGAGCUGCUUAUCGAAUUAAUAAAAAGCAACAGGACAAUAUACGAUACCAGUGAUGUAAAUUAUAAAAGCAAUAUAGAAAAACACAAAUGCUGGGAAAAAAUAAGUGAAAUAAUUGAUAUGCCAAUUCCAGAAUGCAAAAAACGCUGGAGAAGUCUUCGCGACCAAUACCACAAAAAGAGAAAGGAAUUGGGAACUGGACCAACAGGAGUAGAUACAAGUUGGGAAUACGGAACACUGCUGUCAUUUUUAUCAGAAAGUGAACAGGAGAGACGAGAAACUCGAACCAAUCAGUCAACGAUUCAACAGACAUUGCCGUCACCUACGCAACACUUCCUUGAAGAUGACACGCAAAACACUGGGCAAGAGGAAAUAGAAGAGGACGAUAUCCAUGAAAGCAUGCAAGGAAACAUCCAAAGAGAAAUGCAAAAGAACACACAGAAACGUGCAGAAACACCAAACCCGAAAAGAAGUAGGCAUAACUCAACACUGGAGUUACUAAAUAAAAGACAAGACGAACGAUCCCUGGUAUAUAAGAGGAUUCUUGAAAAUCAUGGUCCAUCACAGCCAUCAGCAAUACGAAAAUUUCUUGACUCGAUGGCUGAUAUUGUAGAGACAUUUCCACCACGUGACCAGGCAGAUAUUCGACUGAAAGUCUGUCAGUUGGUCACCGAGAGGGAGAUUCAACUUAGUAUGCUACAAUCGACAAGUGACAGUGUCGACUACAACUUCAGUGACAUCUGAUAAAUUAAAUCCAUCACAGAGUAUGUUUCCACGCCGAUGCCAUCAACUGAUAAUUCGAAUGUUAGAUGGUUUGUAACAUAUAAAUACUACUAAUUUAAUAAAAUAU